UGGCCCACCUGCCACCGUCCGUGCCUACAGGGUCUGCCCCCAAGCCCGCCCCGCCCUUGUGCUCUCCAGAGCCCCCCACAGGGGGCGGGGGCUGGCCUUUCUGCCCCCACCCCCACUCCACGCCAGAGUGUAGAAAGCCAUACCACAGCUGUCAGCACGGUGAUACAAUACGACGCUGAAACUCACCCCCGUCUCCACUCCCCUUCCCCUUCCCCUUCCCCAGAUUUGUAAGGUGUCGAGACUCUUCAGGAAUCUUGCCUUACAGCCUGCCCCCUCCCAGAGUCAGGCAGAGCCACAGUGGGGCUGAGCAGGUUCCUUCGGGAGCCUCUGGGGUGUUGGUGGUUGAUGACGCUGCCGAACAAGUUUGGUGACUGUUCUAAGCACAACCGGUUUGACACUGUUCCCACGGCCCCCUCCGUCCCCACUACCCCAAGUAGGUGCGAUGCCAGGAGGAUGCUUGUACCCUUUGCUCCGGGCACUGAGGGACGGGGCUGGCUCCACAGCCCGGCGUUCUUCAGACGAGCUAAUGGAAACUGGGCCGGGCCUAGGAAGUCUGCUGAGCCCACGGCUGGGGGCUGCUUGUUUGCUGUCUGUACCUUUUUUAACCAAAUAAAGGUUUCCCUCUUCUUGCCAUAUCCUUGGCUGUCUGGUGCCACCUUUCCUUCGGGGUCCAGGCCUGAGGCCUGUGAUGAGUGUGCAGAACAUCUGGCUCGCCCCCACUGCCGGUUCUGUUCCAGUCGGUCAGUGCCCUUCCGGAGAUUUAAAAAAGGCACAGCGAAGCCAGAAGUGACACGGGAGGAGUGGCCAAUGUCCUCUUCACUCUGCCCUCCUAGAACUGGUCUCAGUGCCAGAGGCCUCCAAGCCUUAGGUGACCUCAGCUCUGAGAAGUCCCAACCCAAGCGGGGACUGUCACCCCCUGAACUGAGCCCAGCCCAGGGUAGCCAUGUCAAGGAGCCUUCCCUCUCCCCAGCAGCUGGCCCGUGUUGAGAGGCACACACAGUAUGCUAAGAGCUAAAAAAAAAAAAAAAAUGACAGCAGCCAUUUAGCAAGGGCUAGCCAAGUGCCAGGCCCGUUUUCUCACCUAAAGCUAUGAGAGAGGUGAUGUCAGCCUUUUUACAGAGGAGGGAACUGAGGCUCAAGGAAGGCACAGCAGUUGCCAAGGUUCUCCCGAAGCUGACAAAGCAGCAAAUCUCGGAUUUGGACCCCAUAUCUGCCCCAACUCCUGACCAUUCUGCACUAGCCAAGGAAUGAAUAGGGCUGCUUGGGGAGGAGGGGAUCUCAGAAGGAGAAACCCAAUCACAAGAUGUUAUCCGUAGCCAUCAGAGAUGAUCUGUACUGGCUUUCCUGUACUGAUGGGGAAACUGAGGCUCAGGGGCAGGAAGGGACCUGUCCGAGACCUUAUAACAGAGGUGGGAUGCAGUCCCACAGCCUGACCUCAUUCCAUUCUUCCACAAACCCCACACUAUGUCCUAGACUGGACUGGUCUAGGAGAUGUGGGAUACUCUAAACAACAGUGCCUGGAGGAGAAAAGGACUCAGGACAGCUGAGUCACUUAAAACUAAUCUAAUAUUUCCUCCCAAAGGCAACUAGUAGAGUGAGCUCUUGUCUGGAUAACUGAACUCUUACAACUAACCAGCAGGAGAGGUACCAUAGCUUCAUCCAGUUACUUGUUUGAUCAUUCCAAGACUCAACAACAUUUUGUAGGAAGUUCCUUCUGGAAUCUAACCAGAGUCCCUCCUGCUGCAUUUGGAGCCCUGUCCUCUGUUCUCAGUGGAGAUGGAUAGCAACCGGUUGCUGCCUUCUCUGUGCCACAACCCUUCGAAGCCCGUGAUUACCAGCUAAGGGCUGGACCAGAGCCUUGAACCUGCUGGCAGGAUGGAUGCUAUAUGGAAGGAUGGGGAGGUAGCAGGCAAGAUGAGGAAUGCCCCCUGGGGCCGAGGCCCCAGCUCCUGUCCUGCUGACUCAGGAGGCUGACGGUGGAACUCAGUGCCCUGCUGGGGCCUGCCGCCUCCUGCCUGCCUGGGCUUCUGGACUUGGGAAACGGAGGCCUGGAGGCAAAGGGAGGUGUCUGAGACAGGAACUGAGUCAGGAUCGACAGGCCAGAGCGGGCAGGAGGUGUUAGGCAGCCUGGCUCCCAGAUUCACCCCUAAGCUUCAGCAGGGGAGGGGGAAGAGUGAAGAGGUUUCUCUUCCCUCUCGUUUCUGGGUUUCUGGCUGGGCCGAAGGCCUGGAGCUUGUGGUGUGAACCACCACCAGGUCCCUUGGCUUGAGUGAUAGGAAGGGAAUGCCGCCUCCCUAGAGACAGAGCAACUCCAAAAUGCCUAGGCCUGCCAGGCCGUGCCUUCCAGGUUUCUGGUGUUCUGGGAUCUCCAGUUUCCUCCCUCCCCCUCCCAGGACUUGGGAAAGCCUGGGCUGGAUGACUAGCGCGAAGGACUAGUCCUAGAGAGCCUAGGGCCUGCUUAGGCCAGAGGAAUGUCUGACGGGGAGGGAGGAGGCCUUGCUGAGGCAGUGCAUUUGACCAUUCACCUGUCUUCUCUCCCCCAGGGACACUCGGCUGAGGCUUGGUUUGAGACCCUUUCUCAUGUCACAGAACCCCCAGCUCCAUGUUAGUGUUUUGAGUGUAUGUGAUUAUAAUAAUAAGAUUGGUUGGAUUUUUUUCACAUGGUAAUAAUGGUUACCAUUCACUCUACUAAGCGCUUUCCAUCAACUCAUUUAAUCCUCACGACAAGCCCCAUUUUACACUUACGAAGAUGGAGACUUAUAGCGGUUAAGGCACUUGGUCAAGGUCCUGACAGCUUCCAAAAAUUGAGCCCAGGCAGUCUGAUUCCAACGACACUAGGCUAUUCUGUGUCUCGUAGAAAAAUACAUAUCUAUCAUUGAAGAGAAUAGGGAAAUCAAAAGAAAAUAAAUCACUCAGAAUACCACUUUAAAGAUAUGCUCUAUUAAACUAGUUACCUUAGUGCAUUUCCUUUCCAUCAUUUUCUGUCUCGGGGAUCCAAUCUGAGCCGAGUCUUAGGGAUGGCAAGCCUAAAAUCCCUUCUGCUUCCUUGGAAAUGUGUAGCCUCAGCCCAGGCAUGUUCCUACUUUUUCUUCAAAGAGACAGAUCUCAUCUUUGGGCCUCAGAGUUCUGGCCUAAGCCCGCCUCCAGGAGGGGAAGGUGGGUAUUCGGGCACCAAGAGGAACUAGGGAGGAACAGGCCUAUGAAAUGGUCCUGGCUCAAAGAUUAAGCUGGCUGGAUCCCAGUGAGGGGAGCCCCACCCCUGAGCCCCAUCGGAGCUUUGGCUAGGGGUGGGGCAGGUAAGUAGGAACCCACCCUCACAGGCACAGCCAACACCUUUAGGUGAAACUCCUGGCUGAAUGAGACAGCAUCCCAGCAAACAGGGACAGAAGGUUGGCCAGAAAGAAGUCUCCCAUCUCUGAGGCCUCUGCCAGGGGUCAGAGGAAGGGCCAUAGUCAAACGGAAGGGACGGGGCAUUUCUGAGAGGCAGGCUGGAGAUUGCUAUGCCCUAAAACAAAAUGGUAUGUGUCACCACCACUUUCUUUUUUCUCGGUCCUGUCUCUCUCCCCAGGUGCUAGCUUCCCCCCCCCGGGGAACCAAAUUGGACUGAGCACCCAAGUGGCCUGCUUCCCAGCCUCUGACAGAGGGCAGGCUGAGUCAGUCAGGAGAGCUGGGCCCCCACCCUGUGUGAACCCCACUGAUACAUGAUGGCAGGCGGCUUGGAGGGGGUAGGUGACCUGGCGUGGAGAGCCAGAGGGUAGGUCCUCAAACAAGUGGCAACAGGCCACCAACUUGAAAGGGAAAAUUGUGCUGUGAUGGGGAAGGUGUCCAACAAACCUACCAGGUGAUUAAUUACAAAGGCUGGGCUGGAGCGUCAGGGGCCGCUCGUUAAACACCUCAUUAAGUGGCACCCUGAAAGAUGCCACCUGUGCAUUCUGGGAACUCAGCGGGAACCCUGGGGGGCAGUGAUGACCAGGGGAUAGCGCCAUCUCAGGCCGACUCUGGAAGAAGCCUGGAUCUCACUUCUAAAUACAGCCUGGAGCUCACAAGUCAGAGGCCUCGACGAGAGAAGCCAAAGGAAGUAGGAUGCUGGGGACUUAGUAGCUGUGUGACCCUGAGCAAAUCUCAUACUUCUCUGAGCCUUAGCAUUCCCAUCUCUAAAGUGGGAGUAAUAGUCACAGUCUGGCCCAUCUCGCAGAGACACGGUAGGGAUUAAAUUCAAUCGUGAAGGUGCUUGGGAAACCACAGCCCUACCUAAACGUAAUUAGCUCCCCUGAAGCAAGGCUGGGAAACGUACCUGAUAGGAUUAGGAACCCCAUCCUCCUGCACCUGGCUUCGUGGCUUCUAGCCAGGCUGAAGCGGCCGGUUGGUUGAAGAACCCUCAGCCCCUGGAAGAACACCGGGAAGGAAGAUCUGAUUUGAGAAAGUGGGGCCGCUCUGUGGGCACCCAUGUAAAUCGAAGCCCUGAACAAGAGGGGGCAGCCUGGAGCCUGGAAAGGUGUCUGUGCAGGUGGGGCCGGAUUUCUCCUGCUGACUGCCUUGAUGACUCACCCCACAUCUUAGCCUUUUACCUUUAAGGAAAAGCCGGAAAGGGUGUGGGGAGAAGAGAAGAGAAGCGGGAGGCAGGUCCGGGCCCCAGCCCCGCCCUCUGUCCCUCCCCACCCUUCUCCGAGGCCAGGCCACCCAGCCAAAAGGCAGGCAGACAGCAGGAGAGGCACAGAAUCCGGCAUUGGUUUCGAGGCAGCCAGUUAGCCCGCCGCCUGUGUCUGUCGCCAGAGCCAUGGAGAGAGCCAGUCUGAUCCAGAAGGCCAAGUUGGCAGAGCAGGCCGAACGCUACGAGGACAUGGCAGCCUUCAUGAAGAGCGCCGUGGAAAAGGGUGAGGAGCUAUCCUGCGAAGAGCGAAACCUGCUCUCAGUGGCCUACAAGAAUGUGGUGGGCGGCCAGAGGGCUGCCUGGAGGGUCCUGUCCAGUAUCGAGCAGAAAGGCAACGAGGAGAGCUCGGAAGAGAAGGGCCCGGAGGUGCGAGAGUACCGGGAGAAGGUGGAGACUGAGCUCCGGGGCGUGUGUGACACAGUGCUGGGCCUGCUGGACACCCACCUCAUCAAGGAGGCCGGUGACGCCGAGAGUCGGGUCUUCUACCUGAAAAUGAAGGGUGACUACUACCGCUACCUGGCUGAGGUGGCCACUGGUGACGACAAGAAGCGCAUCAUUGACUCGGCCCGGUCCGCCUACCAGGAGGCCAUGGACAUCAGCAAGAAGGAGAUGCCGCCCACCAACCCCAUCCGCCUGGGCCUGGCGCUGAACUUUUCAGUCUUCCACUACGAGAUCGCCAACAGCCCCGAGGAGGCCAUCUCGCUGGCCAAGACCACCUUCGACGAGGCCAUGGCUGACCUGCACACCCUCAGCGAGGACUCCUACAAGGACAGCACCCUCAUCAUGCAGCUGCUGCGAGACAACCUGACGCUGUGGACGGCCGACAACGCCGGGGAGGAGGGGGGCGAGGCUCCCGAGGAACCCCAGAGCUGAGCCGCGCCCGCCCCCUCCCUGCCGCGCCCCUGCCCUCUCCAGCGCCCCCGCCCGUGGCAGAGAGGACUAGUACGGGGUGGGAGGCCCGACCCUUCUCCCCGGAUGCUCUGCUCCCCGGCUCACAAGAGCUCCGAGAGAGGGACCAGCAGAGCGGAGGCCAGCUGGAGCCAGGGGGACCCCUCUUCCUGCGGCCGUCGAUGCUCCUCACCAGCGGUCAGCCCACCCACCCCUGCUCUCUGCGCCCCUCCUCCACCCCUCCCACCGCCAACCGGGCCACCUCUUCCCCCACCCCCGCCUCUCUCCCGCCCCCUGUUGCCUCUGAAUCUUAGGAAUUGAGGAGUGUCCCACCCUUGUGACUGAGAGCUGGACUGUGUGGAGAUGAGUGUGUGUGUGUGUGUGUGUGUGUGUGUGUGUGAGCGAGCGAGAGCGAGUGAGAGAGAGAGAGCGCAAGACCCAGGAUGAGAGGGAAAGUGUGUCUGUUGGGUGUGACCAUGUUUCAAUAAAGUUCCCCUGUG